CUCGAUGGCCAUGACUGCUACCUGGAUGCCAAGCAGUCACUCUAUCCGUCUCCACUUGUCGACGUUGACUGGACGCGCCUUGUGUCGGCCAAUUUACAUCUCAGAUCCGCAACCACACCUACACUUGGUCGUCGUCGCCAUCAUCCGCUGCGCCACCCUUUAAAGGGUUCCGUUGCCGCUGCCCUCAUGGACAGGCCAUCAGCAGCCGGCCUGGUAGCGACGGCAAUUGCAACAGCGCAGCGCAGCCAUCCAACACCCCCAGUUGCCGUCCCUGAUGGAUCCGGUACAGGUCGCUCCUUGCCACCUUACCUCCUCAUCAUCGCCUCAUUAUGCAGCCUCUUUGCCACUCUUCUCUCCCUGACCUCCAUCUACUCUCAUCUCAAGAACUAUCGCAAGCCACAUCUACAACGCUUCGUCGUCCGCCUCAUCCUCAUUGUGCCCAUCUACUCGACGUCAUCGGCCAUCGGCCUCUUCUCCCUCCCAGCGGCCUUCCUCAUCGAUCUCAUUCGCGACCUGUAUGAAGCAUUCGCCAUUUACUGCUUUUUUGAGCUUUUGGUCGCCUACUUGGGUGGAGAGAGGAGUGUGCUGGUUCUCAUGAUUGGGAGGAGGCCCAUUCAGCAUCCUUGGCCUUUUCGCAUCUUCUUAAGGGAGAUGGAUAUGAGUGACCCUUAUACAUUCUUGGCCAUCAAGAGGGGCAUCUUGCAAUACGUACAGAUCAAACCCAUUUUGGCCGCAUCUACAGUCAUUCUCAAGACUUUUGGGAGAUACGAGGAGGGAGAGCUUUCUGCCGGCAACGGCUACACCUAUGUCUCGACAGUCUACAACAUUUCAAUCUUCCUCUCUCUCUACUGCCUCGCCAUCUUUUGGCAAGCCCUCUCCCAAGAACUCGAGCCCUUCAGGCCAACGGCAAAGUUCCUCACAGUCAAAGGAGUAGUCUUCGCUACCUUCUGGCAAGGUUGGGCCAUCAGCGUUCUCGUUGCUGCGGGCCUCGUCAAGCACAUCGGACCAAUCACAGACCCUUCGUUCCUGGGCCUAGGCCUGCAAGAUUUCCUCUUGUGUCUCGAGAUGCCACUCUUUGCCUUGGGCCACAUGUACGCCUUCUCCCCUGCCGAUUACGUCGAUUCGUGGGCUACGCAUCAGGCGAGGCUGCCCAUUAUCUACGCUCUGCGUGAUAGCUUAGGUGGGCGAGAUGUUCUGGAGGACUCAUUGACGACGAUUCGUGGCACAGGAUAUGGUUACCAGACAUUCGAGCCCAGCCAAGGCGCUGUCCACCAAGGUCUGGCCAGGUCACGUCGCCUCCACGCCGGAUUGCGAUACACGGCAGGAGGUAAGGGCAAGUACUUCUUACCAACUCGCUCCGGCCCUCACACCAAUGGCCCUUGGGCUGCAGAGGGCACAAGGCUCCAGGGCCCCUUAGCCGCCAUGCGACGCUGGAUGGAGGACAGAAGGAUGCGAGAGGGUGGCUUUGCGCCAAUGACAGAGGAUGAGGAGGCUGGUGUGCUCCACGAGAACCCAGACGAUGCAGAGCAUGAAGGUGACGAGGAUGAGCAGACUCGCCGUGAAAAGGCGGAAGCCGCCGCGCGUAGAAUGGGCGCUGGCAUUGAGAAUGGUCUGCGCUUCUUUACUGCUAGUGCCGAGGGUGCACAAAGCGGUACGGGCAGCGGAGGUGUGGGUGGUGACGGUGGCGACAGCGUCUCGCUGGGCUUCCAUACACCUACGUCGCAGGGUAGCGAGCAGAACCUCUAUGCCAAAGCUCGCAGCCUGGAGCAUGGCGACUACGCCUUCCCCACCAUUGCCUGCGGGCCAGAGGAGCAGAGGAAGCGGCAGCACAGGGAGGAGGAAGAGUGGCUCCUCGGUGGCUCUACGCGCGGAAGCAAGGGUAAAGGCAGGGGAAAGAGUACGGGAACCAAGGAGAGGAGAAAGAGGGUUGAAGGAUGGCUCGAGAGGGCGAGGGGAUUGAUGGGGGAGAGCAACGAAAGCGGAGAGGAAGCGGCAGACCGAGACGAUGAUAUCAUCGAAGUCAAGGGCAAGAAGCGCCCCUCUGCCCUCAAGAAGGACCGCGAAGAGGAUGCAGAGGAGCGACAAAGAAGACCCAAGAUAGCCAAAAAGUCAAACAAGAGCGACAGCAGCAGCAGCAGCAGCAGAAAGAAGAAGGAGGAGGAAGAAGGAGGCGAUGACAGAAAAGGCGGCGGUGAAGGUCAAGUGGCCAUCUCGUCCAAGACUCAGCACGCCAAGAGCGGUGACUCGUCCAAGGCCAAUCACGCAAAGAGUGUCUGGGGAGCUUGGGGUGAGAGCUUCUCCAAGUCUAAAGGAAGCAAAAUCGCGUCGGAUCAUGCUCAAGAGCAGUCCCGUCGACCGUCAAACGCAGCAGACGAGAGUCACGACACCAACGCAGACGAGUCACUUGCCUCGACGCAGCCUGGUGACGACGACCACAUCGAUGAAGAGGAAGACCACGGGGCUGUCGACCUCAUCAUCUCGGACCCGCGAGCAGAGGAGCGCAAGAGGGAUACGGAUCGACGGCGAGGCGAUCCUGCGCUGCGAGCACGAGGUUACGGGUCCGGCGCAGGGGACAAGGUCUUCAGGAGAAUAUGGACGGGAGAUGACAAUGAUCGAGGCGGAGCGACCGGGCCAAAGGGCAGCGCUGCUCCGAGCGACAAGGGCGCUGGAACAAAUUCAAGAAGCAAGCAGGUCCAAACACCCCACGCAUCUCGCACCUCUUCCUCGUCAUCUGCCCAGCUCAAAGCAGCUGCGCCUCCUCCCACACACAAGGCAGGCGUGGAUGCUAUGGAAGGGCAGCUCUCCACUGAAAUAGAAGCGCCAGGCGAGUCUUCAUCGUCGUCGUCUUCGAAGGGUAGCUCCAGCGACGGAGCGAAGACAGAGCUGGAAGCCCAUCCGGACAAGGCCCCAAGCCCCCACGGCAAGCACUCCAGCGCGACGACGAUAUCGACCCCAGCUUCGUCCGCAGCAAAUGCGGCAACGGCGAGCCAUGCAAGUCACAUGCCCGUGUAUGAACGGCAUGACUGGGCGUGGCAUGCUGCUGGACAAGGAGGGGGUCAGGAUCAAGAAAAUCCCUGGGCUUGAGAAGGGGAGCAAGUGGCAGGUGCCUCUGACGCUGCAGGGCCCUUGCGCCUGUUUGUGCUCUCGUUUGUUGUGAAAUAGUACAAGAGCUCGCACUCACGCCUAACGUCCCUAUCGUCAUUGGCUCACAACGGUCUACGAAGUGACACAGGAGUUCGAUGAUUGUCAAUGAUUGUUAGAAUGGCAUGCGAUGAUGGGAAUAUUCC